CGGUGAUCGUACAUACCAGAUCAGUUAUCUGUCCUUGAACAGUAAAAUACCAAAAAGAACUGAUUGUCGGCAGCCUUUGUUAUUGUCUGUUCAAGUUUUUAAUCGUUAAAAUAGAAAGAGUGUGCACAAUGUAGAGAUAGAUGAAUGGAAAUCAGAAGACAGAGUAAACAGUGUGCAGAACUUUAAGAAUUUAACUUUUUUUGGCUCGGUAUUCUGAAAGAAAUAGUUUGAUAUUACUCAUAGCAAACAUCCAUAUAACUGAACCACUUUGGAAGUAAAUAUGGCAGAUAUUACAGGUGUUCCAGUUAAGCUUGAGGUAUGCAGUGAAUCAAAUGAAUCACAUUACCAAAAUGCUGAGGUGUGCAGUAAAUCAAAUGAAUCACUUUACAAAAGUGCUGAGGUGUGCAGUAAAUCAAAUGAAUCGCUUUACAAAAGUGCUGAGGUGUGCAGUAAAUCAAAUGAAUCGCUUUACAAAAGUGCUGAGGUGUGCAGUAAAUCAAAUGAAUCGCUUUACAAAAGUGCUGAGGUGUGCAGUAAAUCAAAUGAAUCGCUUUACAAAAGUGCUGAGGUGUGCAGUAAAUCAAAUGAAUCGCUUUACAAAAGUGCUGAGGUGUGCAGUAAAUCAAAUGAAUUACUUUACCAAAAUGCUGAUGAUCAAGUUCGGAUGCAAAUGCAAAAUGUUGAAAAAUCUUACGUAUGUAGUGAAUGUGGCAAAAGUUUUAAUCAUAAUGGCAACUUUUAUAGACAUCUUAGGACCCAUACGGGUAUAAUACAAUAUAAGUGUGAUGAAUGUGGAAAAGGGUUUUGUCAUAUAGGGCACUAUAAUAAACAUUUGAGGAUGCAUACUGUUGAAAAGCAAUUAUUCUGCCCAAAUUGUGGGAAACAAUUUAGCAGUAGUAGAAAUUUAAGACGACACGUGAAAAUCCAUAUUAGUGAAAAAGCAUAUGCAUGUGGGCAGUGUGGAAAGACAUUUAAUCAGAAAAAUUAUUUGAAAACACAUCUUAAGGUACAUACUCAAGGUAAAGCUUUUAAAUGUGAUAUAUGUGGAAAGGACUUUAGACAAAGUGGUAAUUUAAAGACACACAUGAUAGUACAUACCAAUGAAAAACCAUAUAAGUGUGGAAUAUGUGAGAAACAAUUUAGUAUGGACACUAUUUUGAGACACCACAUGAAAACACAUACAGGUGAAAAACCACAUAAAUGUGAUGUAUGUGGUAAGAAAUUUAGUCAGAGUAGUAAUGUACAUGCACACAUGAAAAUACAUACUGGUGAGAAACCUCAUAAAUGUGAUCAGUGUGACCAAGCAUUUAGUCUUAAGGGACAGCUUCAAACUCACAUGAGAAUCCAUACUGGUGAAAAACCAUUUAAAUGUGAGGUAUGUGGUAAAGAAUUUAGAGUUAGUGGAACAUUAAAGAAACACCAGAGAACGCAUACUGGUGAAAAACCAUAUGUAUGCCACGUAUGUGAUAGAGGAUUUUGUCAGAGUGGUCAGCUUCAAUCACAUUUGGUAAUACAUACAGAUGCCAAAAAUGAUAAAACACACAAAUGCGAUGAAUGUGGGAAAGGGUUUAGACUCCGUGGGAACUUAGCGAUACAUAAAAGAUCCCAUGCAAUUGUUAAACCAUUUAAAUGUGGAGAAUGUGGAAAAGGAUUUACCAUGAACAGUUCUUUACAGAAACACAUGAGAACACAUACAGGUGAAAAACCAUACAAAUGUGAAGUUUGUGGUAGAUCAUUUAGUGAGAGUCAUAGUGUACAGAGACACAUGACUGUCCAUUCGGGAGAAAGACCUUACCAGUGUGAUGUAUGUGGUAAAAGGUUUAGUCUUAGAGGUAACUUUCAAACCCAUACUAAGAUUCAUAUCGACAAUACUGUCAAUUCUAUGUUUAUGGUUGAUGAGGAGCGCGUGUCAUCCUCGUCAUGAUCCUUGAAUACUUGAUUAAAAGAUUGGGUUUUGGAACUGUGUGAAAAAUGUAAUAUGGUGUAUGAAAAAGUAGAUAUUGUAGAUAUAUUUAAACUUUUAAUCAUAUGUAAUUACAAAAGACAUUUGUAUAAAUGUUCUUGUGCAGUAUACAUACAUAGCCAGAAAUCUUUUAACCUAUAUAAUUGAAUUUUUAAAUUUUUUACUCAGAUAAUGUCAAAAAAUGUAUAAACAUGAUAAAAAUAUACAGGAAAA